CUAACCGUCUUAACAAGCAGGCUGACUGCUAGGGUCAGUUCACUGGCUGCUACUGUUUGUUGGGUUCAUGAUUGUAGAACAACUGUUAUUUUCUUUUAAAAUUUUUGCAUCAUUUUUCUGCUUUGGAGUAAAGAAUCAAGUACAGGUAAAAUCAGGCUACACUACAAGUGAGUUGGGCACAGUCACAUGCUUCCCUGUUGCUUGAUCAUGGGCCGGUUUCAACAAAUGCUUUGCAUGGCAAUAGGUUAUUUCCAAUUAGUACAAUCCUAUCCACAAAGAGACAAUGCCAUCCGAUUUAUUGCCUUUGGAGAUGGGGGAGGCCUCCCUGAUCCACCAUAUGUGACUGACGUCCAGAGAGCCACAGCACAUGAGAUGGGGAAAGUUGCCCAAAAGUCAGGAGUAGAUUUUGUGCUUAACGUCGGAGAUAAUUUUUACUUCCAUGGCGUAACAAGCGUAAAUGACUUCAGAUUUAAGGAGACAUUUGAAAAUGUGUUUACAGCUCCCUCCAUUGUCAAUAUACCAUGGUACAUUCUGGCAGGGAAUCACGAUCAUUUGGGUAAUGUGUCAGCACAGAUCGCUUAUUCAGGAAUUUCUAAGAGAUGGAACUUUCCAGAUCUCUACUACGAGUUGACUUUCAAGAUUCCUAAUACCAAUGUUUCUGUCACCAUUCUGAUGAUUGAUACCGUUGUGAUUUGUGGAAACACCUACGCAGGCAACCAGCCAAUAGGACCAGAAAAUCCUCAUUUAGCUCAGGAACAGCUUGAGUGGAUCCGGGAAAAGCUGGCACGUUCCAGGUCUGACUACUUGAUAGUUGCUGGUCACUACCCUGUGUGGUCUGUAGGGCAUCACGGUCCGACUCCUUGUCUCAUGGAUCAACUGAAGCCACUUCUAAAGAAAUACAAGGUGACAGCCUAUAUCAGCGGCCAUGAUCACAGCCUGCAGUUUAUUCGUGAGGAUGAUGGGACUGCAUACAUCGUCAGUGGAAACGGGAGUAUCAUCGACAAGUCCACGGCACACAAGGAGGACAUUCCCGCAAGCUGGCUGCAAUUCUACAAUGCUGAGAUUAGUACCUUGGGUGGAUUCACACUGAUCCAGAUCACUCCUGAACAAUUGUUUGUAUCAUACAGGCAGCCAUAUAACACGCGGUCUGCUUGGUGACCUCCCAAGCUCCCCUCUGCACGAACUCUGACGCACACAGAACUGGCCUGCUGGCAUUCCUUCCUUCAAGGCUUUGAAACAGGGCAGCAAGUGACUUUGUUGAAAGUAUCUGAGAGAGUUUAAACAUGAACUUGCAGCGGUGUCACUCAGCACCCGGCCCAGACAGGCCGCUGAUCAGUCGAUAAGAGGUCCCAGCUCAGAACAUGUUUGCAUUCCUGCAGUUAUGCCUUUUGUUGCUCUCUUUCAGUGUUAUGCUUGGAAUCUCUAACCAGGUUCUAUAAAAGAGUAAUUAGUGUUCAGUGGGAAGGCAAGAAAAAUGAGUCAAUUCAACAUUCAUCUGGGUUUAGGCUUGGAGCCAAAUCAGAUUGGCUUCACUUCCCAGCACACAAUGCAGUCUGUCAAUAGUUAUCCUGUCACCAGUUGACCAUCAGUCCAUCAGAUCCGUCCCCAGCUCUCCAUCCAAUGACACUCUUGCAGGCUUUUUGUCAUUUCUGGAUCUCCUCUGUCCAGCCAAUCCCCUGAAAACUCUGUAUUCAGUAGAAUCAUAGAGUUGUACAGCACAGAAAGGGAUCCUUUGACACAACUUGUCCAUGCCCACCGUGAGGCCUCUCUACACUAAUCCUAUUUGCCUGCAUUAGGCCCACAUCCCUCUACUCAUCUCCUAUCCAAGUACCUGUCCAAAUGCCUUUUAAGUGCUGUAAUUGCAUCUGCUUCCACCACUUCCUUUGGCAGCUUGUUCCUUAUAACCACCCCCCCCCCACUGUAUUUAAAAUUUGCCCCUCAGAUCUCCACUCUCACUUAAAUCUAUGCCCUCUGACUUUCUACCCUACCUAUGCCUCUCAUAAUUUUAUAAACCUCUAUACGGUCACCCCUCAGCCUCCUGUGUUCCAGUGAGAAUGAAACCGAACUAUCCAAUCUCUCCUUAUCAGUAAAGCCCUCCAUUGCAGGCAACAUCCUGGUGAAUCUCUUCUGCUCUCUCUCUAUUGUUACCACGUCCUUCCUGUGGUGUGGUAACCAGAACUGUACACAAUACUCCGAGUGUGGCUUGAUCAAUGUUUUGCACAGCUGAAGGAUGACCUCCCAACUCUUCUAUUUAUUUAUUUAUAUAUUUAAGAUCUUUAUUAGUCACAUGUACAUCCAAACACACAGUGAAAUACAUCUUUUGCGUAGUGAUUUUGGGGGGCAGCCCCCAAGUGUCGCCACGCUUCCGGCACCAACAUAGCACGCCCAUAACUUCCUAACCCAUACGUCUUUGGAAUGUGGGAGGAAACUGGAGCUCCCGGAGGAAACCCACACAGACACGGGGGGAACGUACAAACUCCUUACAGACAGUGGCCGGAUUUGAACCCGGGUCGCUGGCGCUGUAAAGCAUUGUGCUAAACACUAUGCUACCGUGCCGUCCAGCCAGGGCCAGCCCCCUGUACAUCUCCUGCAUCUAUUGUACCAUUGUCAGUCCAACUUUCAGACCAAAUUGUGAGCCUAAAAUCACUCUAUCUCCUUCCAUUCUUCCUCGUCUGACAGUCACCUAGCCCAAUGUCCCUUUCCUUUUCCCUCAUUAUGUUCCUAUGAGAUGCCAUGGGUCAGCACUGUAUCAGUGCAAGCUGUGAAUUGAAGCAUUCCUGAAUACAAUACUGCAGCGAUGAAAUUAUCUGCUCUGCCUGCCCAAUAGAUUCAGCAAGAGACCUGAACCUUUCUGACCCUCAAUGCAAUACACUCAGGAAGGUGCUCACUGAAUCUUUAUGAGUGGCUCUCAGUUCUGGCAGGUGCUGUAUUCGGACCCCUGUAGUAAAACCAGCCAGGACUAGAUCCCAUGAAGAAAUGUGCUAAAACUGUUUCUCUUUGCACUUGCCAGUGUUUCUGAGUAAAUUGUAAAAUUAUUGAUUGAUCUAAAUUGAAUGCACUGUUUCAAUAUUGUAUUGGUAUUGGUCUUGGUUUGUUAUUGUCACUUGUACCAAGGUACAUUGAAAAACUUGUCUUGCAUACUGAUUGUACAGGUCAAUUAUUACACAGUGC